GAGUGAGGGCAAAGCAAAGUGUUGUUGCCCUCAGUGAUGUCACCAUAUAGCUAUGUCUGAUUAGCUAUGUGGUGCUGUGAUAUCAACAUGCAGGCUAUGUGUUCCUUGAUAAUCUGAAAUCAGCAGAAUGGUUUUGUUAUUAUUCCAAAGCAACUUCUGGGGUGUGUGAACAGAGAUAAACAGGUUCUGCUAGAGCUUUACUUUCUAAGGUUGGCAUAGAAGAGUCCUGUCCUUUAAAAAAAAUGGGGGCUGAUGGUGAAAACGUAGUUCUAAGGAAUAUUCUGGUUGGUCUCAGCUUAAUGCUGCUGGGAUCCAUCUUCAGACCUUUUGAGUGCCGCUUAGAAGUGAUGACAGAGAGAGUCAAAAGACAGGUGGCUGAUGAGGAAGGUGGCUUUACCAACAGCACAUCACCUAUCAAAGAUCAGCCCAUGGUCUUCAGCCAUAUAUACAACAUUAAUGUGCCUCUGGACAGCCUCUGUGCAACAUCCCUAGAGGCUUCAUCUGACCCAGAGUUGAGUUCAGAAGAUGACCGGAUGAUGGAAUACACCGAACAGACCUCAGACAGUGAGAGCCAGGUCACCUUCACCCACAGGAUAAACCUCCCCAAACAGACUUGCAAGUGUGCCGCCUAUUCCCGGGACAUACAGGAGCUGCUGAGCAGGAUUGAGAUGCUGGAGAGGGAGGUGUCCAUGCUUCGGGACCAAUGCAACUCCAAUUGCUGUCAAGAAAAUGCAGCCACAGGGCAGGUGGAUUACAUCCCCCACUGCAGUGGUCAUGGCAACUUUAGCCUCGAAUCCUGUGGCUGUAUCUGCAAUGAAGGCUGGGCUGGAAAAAACUGCUCAGAGCCCCUCUGCCCUAUGGGCUGCUCAAGCCGAGGUGUGUGUGUGGAUGGGCAGUGCAUUUGUGACAGUGAUUAUAGUGGGGAGGAUUGUUCAGAGGCCCGCUGUCCAACUGACUGCAGCUCCCGAGGGCUCUGCGUGGACGGAGAAUGCAUCUGUGAAGAGGGUUUUGCUGGAGAAGACUGCAGCGAGCUAAGAUGUCCUGAGGACUGCUCAGGGAAGGGAACAUGCGCCAAUGGGACCUGCAUCUGUCAGGAAGGCUAUGUGGGGGAAGACUGUGGGCAGCUGAGGUGCCUCAAUGCCUGCAGUGGGCGUGGAUUCUGCCAGGAGGGCCUGUGCUCUUGCGAGGAAGGAUACCAGGGGCGAGACUGCUCAGCAGUUGCUCCACCUGAGAAUCUGCGAGUGGCUGUGAUCAGCGACAGAUCAAUUGAUCUGGAAUGGGAUGGGCCAAUGGCUGUGACCGAAUAUGUGAUCUCCUACCAGCCAGCAGUGCCUGGAGGUCUGCAGCUCCAGCAACGGGUGCCUGGCGACUGGAGCAGUGUCUCCAUCAAGGAGCUGGAGCCAGGCUUGACAUACAACAUCAGCAUCUAUGCUGUCAUCAGUGAUGUGCUCAGUGUUCCUGUCAGUGUUAAGGUAGCCACCCAGCUCUCUACUCCACAAGGGCUGCAGUUCAAAACCAUCACAGAGACCACCGUUGAGAUGCAGUGGGAGCCCUUCUCCUUCUUGUUUGAUGGCUGGGAGAUCAGCUUUAUCCCUAAGGACAAUGAAGGAGGUGUAAUUGCACAGCUCCCUAGCAGAGUGACAACCUUCAAUCAGACAGGCCUGAAACCAGGUGAGGAGUACACAGUCAAUGUUGUAGCCCUCAGGGAACAAGCCCGGAGUCCACCCACCUCAGCCAGUGUCUCAACCUUAAUUGAUGGGCCAACCCAGAUAUUGGUGCGCGAUGUCUCAGACACAGUGGCCUUUGUUGAAUGGACUUCACCUCGGGCUAAAGUGGACCACAUUCUGCUGAAAUAUGGCCUAGAGAAUGGGGAAGGGGGAAAGACCACCUUCCGGCUACAGCCUCCCCUGAGCCAAUACUCCAUGCAGGCCUUACGCCCUGGCUCACGGUAUGAAGUCUCCAUCACUGCUGUCCGUGGGACCAAUGAAAGUGAUGCUGCGGUCACCCAUUUUAUAACAGAAAUUGAUGCUCCCAAGAACUUGCGUGUGCUGUCUCGGACAUCUGACCGCCUGGAACUUGAGUGGGACAACAGUGAGGCAGAAGUGGAGAAUUUCAAGGUAGUAUAUAGCACUCUGGCUGGAGAGCAAUACCAUGAAGUUCUGGUGCCACAGAGUGCAGGUGCAACAACCAAGACCACCCUCACGGAUUUGGUACCAGGAACAGAAUAUGGAGUUGGGAUUUCAGCUGUUAUGGAGGGCAAGCAAAGUGUUCCAGCUACCAUGAAUGCAAGGACGGAGCUCGACAGCCCUCAUGACCUCAUAGUGACAGCUUCCACAGAGACAUCCAUCUCUGUGUCCUGGACCAAAGCCAAGGGCCCUAUUGAUCACUACCGGGUCAUCUUCGUUCCCGCUUCAGGAAUGGCAUCUGAGGUUACAGUUGCCAAAGAGAAGUCUGAGCUUAUACUGUCAGACUUGGAACCCGGGACUGAAUACACUAUCUCUGUCGUUGCUGAGCGAGGCCGUCAGCAGAGCCUUGAGAUCACAGUGGAUGCCUUUACAGGGUUCCGACCAAUCACGCAGCUUCACUUUUCUCAUGUGACUUCCUCCAGCGUGAACAUCACUUGGAGUGACCCCUCCCCUCCAGCAGAUAGGCUGAUACUGAACUACAGCCCCAAGGACAAAGAGGAAAGGAAGGAAGUGAUACUGGACCCUACCAAAAGACAUGCUGCCUUGUUUGGCCUGCAGCCAUCCACAGAGUACAUUGUGUCCUUAGUGGCUGUGCAUGGCCCUGUCAGCUCUGAGCCCAUCAUGGGCUCCAUCACAACAGGGAUUGAUCCACCGGGAAACCUGACCAUUGACAGUGUGACUGAAAAUUCUGUGACAGUCCACUGGGACCCUCCUAUUGCAUUUUUUGACCACUAUAGGAUCGCCUACAAAUCUGCCCAAGUCCAUACAGGACAAGUAGACAGCGUAGUGAUUGCCAAAAGUGUUACUGAAUACACCGUCAGCCACCUGCAGCCUGCCACCAAGUAUGAAAUCAGCUUGAAGAGUGUACGGGGCAGAGAGGAAAGUGAGCCUCUCUCACACAUCAUGUAUACAGCUAUGGAUAAUCCAGAGAGUUUGACUGCCACAAACAUUACCCCAACAGAGACACUGCUGAAGUGGGACCCACCUGUUGCUGAAGUUGAGAACUAUGUCAUUGUGCUCACACAUGACACAGUUGCAGGAGAGACCAUUUUAGUGGACGGGACUAACCAAGAGUAUCAGCUUAUCAGUUUGCUCCCCAGUACCAGCUAUGGGGUCACCAUGUAUGCCACCAACGGGCCUGUCACCAGCAGAACCAUCUUCACCAACUUUACUACUCUUUUGGAUCCUCCAUCAAAUCUGACAGCAAGUGAAGUGACUCGGCGAAGUGCACUACUUUCAUGGCUGCCUCCUAUGUCUGAGAUUGAGAACUACAUCAUGACAUACCGGUCACUUGAUGGAAGCCGCAAGGAGUUGAUUGUGGAUGCAGAAGACACCUGGAUCCGCCUAGAAGGGCUUUCAGAAAACACUGAGUACACAGUGCGCCUGCAAGCAGCCCAGGAUGCCGUGCGGAGUGGGUUUACCUCCACCAUCUUCACUACAGGAGGCCGUGUGUUUAUGAAUCCUCAAGACUGUGCCCAGCAUUUGAUGAAUGGUGACAUGAUGAACGGCGUUUACACCAUCUCUCUUAACGGGGAUCUCAGCCAGAGAGUGCAAGUGUACUGUGAUAUGAUCACUGAUGGAGGCAGAUGGAUUGUGUUCCAAAGACGGCAGAAUGGAUUGACAGAUUUUUUUCGGAAGUGGGCAGAUUAUCGUAUUGGCUUUGGAAACUUAGAGGAUGAGUUCUGGCUGGGUCUAGAUAAUAUGCACAAGAUCACAUCACAGGGACGCUAUGAACUGCGGAUAGAUAUGAGAAAUGGCCAGGAAACAGCCUAUGCCUAUUAUGACAAGUUCUCCAUUGGAGAUGCCAGGAGCCUGUACAAGCUCCGGAUAGGGGACUACAAUGGCACUGCUGGAGAUUCACUCACAUAUCAUCAAGGGCGUCCAUUUUCCACCAAAGACAGAGACAAUGAUGUUGCUGUUACAAACUGUGCCAUGUCAUACAAAGGGGCCUGGUGGUAUAAGAACUGCCACAGGACCAACCUCAAUGGGAAAUAUGGCGAGUCCCGACACAGCCAGGGUAUAAAUUGGUACCACUGGAAAGGACAUGAGUUCUCCAUACCCUUUGUGGAAAUGAAGAUGCGGCCCUACAGCCAUCGCAACACCUUAGGGAGGAAACGGCGGUCUGAGCAGCUGUGAAGUGACGGGAAUCCCUCUAGACAAGCAGUCCUUUUCUGUCAUUUGUUUGUAUUUUAUAAUCUGAAAAGCAAAGAACAAAAUUAAUCCUGAGGUAGCAGCCUGCUCCAUACUGAGUGGCUGAGGGAAGCCAUGAUGCCUCCUGAGGGCUGGCUCACUUUGGUAAGAGAACAACCUUGAUGCUUUGCUGUCAUUCCCAGUGACUUACUGAAUUCCUGCCCAGCCACACCUCCAUAAAAGAAGAGUUUUGUUUUUUAGUCCCUCUUGAACCGAUAGAAAAUGGUUUUAUUUAAGAUUUUCUUCUUAACCCAGGUUCUACUGUAGGUGGGGUGCUUCCUUUCACAUGCCAGCCUGCUCUACCCGAGGGUACCAAGGCAGGCUCCCAGAGCUUUUGUGCUCAUUGCUGCUGCUGCAUGAUCUAAGCAAUAUUUUCACAAUGAUGCCUGCUGAGUCAGCAUAUGCCCAUCAGCUGAGAAGAUUCCAAAAUCUGGAAAAUUAUUUAAUCCACUUACAGAAGUCACAUAACUCUGUUCCUUUAAAGAGCUGAAAUUUGGCUACCCCUUACACAUGGCAGGCAAGGACACUCUAUUCUUCUUCCUAGUGUUUUUUUGGUAAAAAAAAUGAGGUGCCAGUACCCAUAAUUGAUAUAAGUGUCAUGGGUGCCAGCACAAAAUGGCUGUUAUGGGCAGCUAAAAAAGAGGCAUACCAUUUACUGUCACCAAAAAACCCCUGUUUGCAGCCCAACACAAACUGUUUUUCAUGAGGAUUUUUUUUUUAACUGCAAAUGGUGCAGAAAUGUGGAGAACUGAAUUUUAGAUUGAAAAAUGAGAAACAGAGGAUUGAAACUGACAGAACUUUCCAUCCCUAACCAUUUUACAGGCAUUCCAAAACAAAUUUUGCACAGACAGGUCACAAGUACAUUUACGUGCUUUAAACUCUACUUUUGAAAGCAGAGCUUAAGGGAGAAGCAAAGAGGGAUUUUAAAGGGUCCCUGUCCCUUCUCCUCAACAGUCUAUUUGUGAAAAUACUUCAAAGUACAGCCUCCUCCUUAUGAAGUAAAGCUCUAUGGCAGCUGCUGCCAGUUGUUUAGAUGCACAGCAUGUCACAAAACUAUAAGGAGGCCCAGCAGAGGAACCUUUUAAGUUAACACAAAUACACCAAAACCUGAGCCUCUUAUUUUGAGGUGAGGGGGUAAGGGGGCAGAUGAACACACCUGGGCAUGAAACAUUUUAGUAGUACAGAAGCAAGGCGCUUAAUGUCUGACUAGCCCCCCAUAAAUUUUCUUGGUAUGGUUUAUCUUUGAUUGUCUGAGCAUAACCUUUGGAGGGUCAAACUGGAUCUCCCAACAUUCCAGUUGUUUUGUUUUGCUUUUUCUUAAAUGAAAUGUAGCCAUGGUGGGUGGGGGUCCACCAGUUUUUCUAGAGCAAUGAUUGGGAUGCUUAUGUGAUGACUUUCCCUUCAUGCUCUUUUCCCAAGCUGUUGCUUGCCCUAUAUUGGUCUGCCCCUUCAAACUGUAAUCUCAGUAAUGGCACUUUGUAAGACAAAAAAAGUUAUAAAAAGAAUAACAACUGUACUUAAGGUGUACAGUACGGCCCCGCUUUAUGGCGCUUUGUUCAUGCGGCGGUUUUCAAUUAGGGAAAGGCUAAUUUCUCUUACAGCGCUUGUUCCGCUAAUAUGGUGGGUUUUUUCCAUCGCACACCAUUUUGACAUCAUUUUUGUGCGACGCGGCCCAUUAUAGUCUAUGGGGCCCCACUUUAUGGCGAUUUCCGCUUUACGGCAGGGGCCUGGUCCCUAACCCGCCAUAUUAGCGGGGCUGUACUGUAGUUGUGCCCUUUCUAAGAUGAUAAACCUACAUCUGGGCUAUCCCACUUCAAUCUACAAGCAUGUUUUGGGGGGAAGGGUUCACACAAUUAAAUGCCCUCCUGCAUUCAAAAGUUUACACAUAGAAAACUAGCUUAUCAGGAAAAAGGGUGUGCUAAGACCCCUACCUUGACAUCUAGUUUUCUACGUGGUGGGAACUUUUGGAAUCACAUUUAAUUGUAUGAGCAUCACCUGCAGUCUGAGGUGGAACAGCCAAGCUACAGGUUUUGCCACCUGCAUUAAGAACUAGGCCUCAGUUGGACGAGUGCAACAGGUUCACCCAAUCCAUUAGAAGCACUAGAGAUUAUUGUGUUCACAUUUGUUUAGAGCUCUACUGGCCCACAAAAAUCCUAGCUAGAUUUUUUUCCUCUGGCUGGCCAGUCUUUUCAAACUGAAAAAUCCCAUGUCUAUAAUGCCUUCUCUGAGCUGGCUCUUCCACACUGCACAUAACAUGAAUGACCCCAUAAUUCCAUAACCCCCACAAAACAUUGGGUAAAUCACUACAGAAUGACAUCCUCUAAACACACACAGACUUGUUCCAACUUGACAGUGGUUUGUUUUAAAAGUCAUAUUUUCACUGUGGACUGCCAUCAGUUUGGGUAGUGAAUUUUUUUAUUAAAAUUGAGCAGAAUUAUAUGUGUGAUAUUUAGAAAUCAAAGAACAGCAUUUAUCUUUUUUUAAAAACUGCUUCCACAGGACCCCCCCCCCCAAAAAAAAUCAACUAUGAAGAGACUGGAGGACGACGAUUGAAUAUUUUCCUAUAUUCUCUAAUUCAGUAAUGAGUUUCUCUUGAGUGUUUAGCAACAGUGUAACAGUAAUUAAGACUAACACUGGUCAUUUACACACACACACACUUAAAGGAAUGUUUAAAUUCUGAUGUAGAACAGUGCAGAACUACCACCUUGUGGUGAGAACAAGCAAAUACUGUGAACAGAAUCAAGGUAGACAGGGUCUUCCUUCUGCUUUUGUUCGGCUUAAGUGUUCUAUGUCGUAGCAUAGUGUCUCACUAUGGGUGAGUGCCUGAGAACGCCCCAUCGUGAAAGGUGAGCCCUUCUUACGCACUGCACAGAAAUCCUUCAAUACAAUCUACAGUGGGAACAUGGCAACUGCUCCCUACUUAAGACAUAAAGAUGCAGAAAAAACAGCCCCACUUGCAGAGAGUUAUAAAAUACUGGUGGCCAAGCCACAACGGGGGGAAAAAUGAACCCUCCACCCUGCAGAUUCUGGACUGAAGUGGGAUACAGUAAUCCUAGGAGCAGUGGUGGCCCAAAGGAGGGGCAAGCGACCCACCAACAAGGAGAUUGGCCAGCCACCUUACUAUUUCACCCAUCUAGAAAUAUACUUUGCCCCUUCUGUGCCGCCCCAUUUUCUUCUGGUGUCUGUGCCCCCCACCAGAUUUUUUUUCAGGUGCCAUUGCUGCCUUAUUUAAUAUAGUUAUAUCCUGCCCUUCUGUUUUGCUGAUAGGGCACUCAGAGCAGCAGACAUGAAUCAAAAUCCUAUACAAUAACCAUGAAAUAGCAUAUUAAAACAAUGCAAGUUUUUUUAAAAAAAAGAAUAAGAAGGCCUGGCCCUUCUCACAACAGCAAAUGCCUGCUCAGUCAUUUUUGCUGAUAUUUUCCCUAUCUGGGCUCCAAAAGCAUGAGUAAACCUCAGGGGAAAACAGCUGGGAGGGGCAUUUUCAUGGAAGAAUCAUCAGGUGUCAAGGGGUUAAACAUCCCACCCACCCUCCAAUCAUCCCCUUGCUGUGCCCACUCAUGCACUGUCAUUAUCUCAGCAAAUGCAGGUUUGGGAAACUGUGAGAUAACAUUUAGAUCUGCCCACAGAUGAGAAUGUGUGUACCAUACAGUCUAAGGAAUUGGUGGGAGAAGAUGGCUACCUGAAAAAGAUGAAUCCAGUUACAAUCAUGAGCACAAUUGUGGGCUCAGAGUCUUUGACCAACAACAAAACCAGCUAUUCUUACUUUAUCCAACAGGAUUCCACUUAAAUAGCAUCAUCUACUUCAAUGUUCAGUUGGUGAGUGAGCUUUUUCAUGGGUUGUGUUGAUUGUUAUUACAUGGCAUUCUAUAGAACAGUAAGUAGUGAAUUAUCAGUGCACCGUCCCCUUAAGUAUAAUCCAUCCCCUCCCUUCUCUCUUCCUCUUGAGGAACUCUACUGCAGGCCUGUAUCUUUUGAGCCCAGCCAGGGAGUGAUAUAUAAACUUAUUUAAUAGACCUCCAGAUGUCCUUUUUAUUGUGCAUUCAUGAUUAUUUGUGCUCAUGAUGCUAUGGGGGAAGUCACACAGGAUCAAUACAGUUUGUGCCUGCAAAAGUUUUGGGGUGGUCACACUGCUUCUCUUCCAGUCAGUGCAUAUCCCUAACUUUAUACCACAAAUGUUCUGGUUUAGUUUUGUUCUGCUUUUGUUGUCUUAUAGCCACUCCAGACACCAAUAAUGUGGCAGCACUAGGGAAGCAUUGCAGAACAAACUAAAGCAGAAAUAAAACCAUCACUAUAUAUAGUUAUUGUGUCAAGAAUACCACUGUGUCCAUAACACAGAUUUAAAGUGGUGUAACAAUCAAUCUUUCUUCCUAGGGAACCUUGGGAAUUGUAGUUUGUAGAGAGUGAGAGAAGGUGGCUGCUAGCAAUUCUCAGCCCCCUAGGGAAUCCUAGGAAACUACAUUUCCCAGGAUUCCCUAGGAAAAACCCUGGCAGUUAAAAUGGUAUAAAAGUGCUUUAGGUUGCAGAAUACAUCCUCAAUAAGACAGCAGGCUGGAGGGGGGCCUGGUUCAAUCGACUAGAUUUAGCAGACUGAACUCAGAAAGCAGAAAGAAUUCAAACUUAAUUUGUUAAUCAAGUAGAACAUUGUAUAGCAAAUUACCUUAGACAUCCAUGCCGUGUAAUGUGGCCGUUCUCUUGUUUCCUGUAGUAGUGGUGGUCAACAACUGCAAAUUGGUUAUCAGUUCAGUUUUUCUACCUAACAGUCAUUCUCCCCAGAACAAUAAUCGCUUGCAAGAGUAGAGAACUGGUGAUGAUCCUAAAGGCUGCUACUUGUUCAAAGCAAGCAGAAAGCAGUCUCCUUUAUUGUAGUGGAAUCUAUCCAGACUGACUCAGUCAGACGCUAUUAGUGAGGUCUCCAUUUUUCCCUUGUGCCUCUAAACACAACAAACACACACUCAUAAUUGAAUCUCUACUUGCCAUGAAAACGUCAUUCAUUUCAACUGUCUAUUCCUUGUGAAGACUGGGGUGGUGUUCACACAUAAACAGAAAAUCUUGUAGUACCCUAAAGGUUAGAAUUCAAAGGUCCAUGUGCAUCUUUGAGAGCGUAUGGGAAGGUGUGCUGGUUUCCUCACAGCAGCUUCCCAUGCCUUAAGGAGUCCUCAGCUGGAAGGGGAGGAAGCUCCCACACACAGAAAGUAAAUUGGCCAUAUCUCUUUGGAUCUUAAAUUAACAUUAGAGUUGUAUGCAUGUUUACAUAGAAGUAAGUCCCACUGUGUCCAAUUUAGCUCAAUUCCUAAUAAGUGUGUUUAGGAUUGAAGCCUGAGAAAUGUAUUGCAACACAUAAACUAGGCUCUUGUUCAUGUGCGCUGCUGCCACAAUAAGCAGCCAAGACUUUAAGAUGCUACUCCUGCUUGUGACUUACGGAAUUUUCCUCACAAAAUGAGAACAAUAAAAUGGCACCCCCACCCCCCCUCCAAAAAUCUCACAUCCUGAGGGGAAAUAUUGUACAGUUCAAAACUUUGCAGAACAUUUUGAGAUCAGCCAGGGACCAUCCACUAAUUACAUCAUGUAGAUUAGUUACCUCUUUAAGAUGAAAGUUUACCCAGCCACCCCUCCUUGGUAUACUGUACAGUAUGUCCAAAUCAGAAUAGUCCAGGCAUAGAAAAGGUGGGUUUUUAACACACUCUAAAUACAUGUUUAUGUGUGCUGUGGAGGAGUAUAUAUAGACAGUGUGACUAUUAUAGAUGGUCCUGCAAUGAGCUCCAUGUGGGCAGCAGUACUGCACACUGCUUGUCAGUCCACAUUUGAAACAAUUUCCAAGGUUAUUUUCAGUUUGCAAUACAGCACAGGGAGCUCCUCCUGUUAGAAAAGUUAACAGCUCCAUGGCAUGGACUGAAAGCCCAUCCUGGAUUGUCUAGCCCAUGACUACACAGCCAAGGAAUGGUAAUUAUUCUGCAUUAAUAAAUUCAAAGUGAGAGGCAAUUUAGUUUCUGGACCCUCACUGUUGGCACAGUAUUAAACUAUUUUCUACAUCUCUCAACUUCGUGAAAGGCAGAAUGGGAUAAACAUUGUUAAAACAGGAGUUAACAUUUCCAGGUGGAAAGGAAACCUCUGUGAUAAACCACUGUGAUGCUGGACUUUAUUGGGAAUUCUGAAAACAGCACACCCCCUUCCUGUUUAUUAUGUCCCUGAUCGGGGUAUUUCCACUCCUUGUCUUGUCCAGGGAUAUAACUAGGUGCUCUGUUGAUUAUCUUCACUAACCCUUCAAUCCAUAGUGCCUACGGCACUCCAGUAAUACUGCCUAAAGGCUGGUGAAUGCUACAUUAGUUCAGACAUUGCUGUCUAAGCAAGAGAAGAUGGGUGGGAUGGGAGGAAGCUGUGAAAAAUGAGACCAGAUCCUGCUGAGAAGAUUAAACUGCAUAAAAUUCCUAAACUUUGGCAAGUGUCACGGUUGCUUUUUCAGGGCAUGACGACUCAAAAAGAUUUUGAAAACUCUAACCCCUCCUUUGUAUAUGCAUUAUGCUGGAACUGUGAUUAUUAUUUAAUAGAAGAAACAAACGAGGUGACAGCUCCAUCAGAGAGACUCUGAUGAACUAAAUAUUACCAGUGAAACAGAAUGAGAGAGAGACAGAACAAGCAACUGCCCUCCCAAUGAUCCCGUAAUGGAAUACGCUUGUUAACCAUUGUUAACUAGUAUUUUUAGUCCUGAUUGCUCUUAUGCUCUGUAUAGUUCCUUUUUU